UCCAGGGCGCCCCCGAUCGCGAGCUGACGGAACGUGUGCGGUUACCGCUAUCCCUUUUUUUCAUUUUUAAGGGUUCUUUUCACCCUUCUAGUUGUGGUGUUUUCUAUGUGUUCAAUUGACGGUUUUUCCAAUUGAUCUUCGGCGAGAGCGUUUAUUUGAAAGGAUUUUCUGACUCGAUCUUCAGGAUGGUCGUGCAGUACCUCCAGUAUUCACCCCCCAGCGAAAGCUCUGAUGGAAUCAAAACCGGCUCCUAUCCGGAUAAUGAAGAAUCCAAAUCAAGCAUUGUUUACUCAGAAAACAUCAUCGACAGCACAGUCAAAGAUGUCAAACUGUCCCCGAAGCAGGAACAAGAGAUGGUCAAAUGCAGGUGGCUGGGCUGUGGAGGGUGGUUCACAAGCCUGGAUCAGUUGGGCGCUCACGUGACCAGAGUUCAUGCGGGUGCCGGUGAAGGCGGACUCUUCUACUGCGGUUGGGAGGGAUGCUCCAGGGCUGAGAGAGGGUUUAACGCCAGGUACAAAAUGCUAGUCCAUGUGCGAACGCAUACCAACGAAAAACCUCAUCAGUGUUAUCAAUGUGAUAAAAGUUUCAGUAGAGCAGAAAAUCUCAAGAUCCACGCGAGAUCUCACACAGGUGAAAGGCCGUACAUUUGUCCGGUGCCGGGCUGCGGCAAGGCUUACUCCAAUUCAAGCGAUCGUUUCAAGCACACACGCACACAUUCGGUGGAUAAACCGUACAUGUGUAAGGUGGCCGGCUGUCCGAAACGCUACACGGAUCCAAGCUCGCUCCGAAAACAUGUCAAAACUUACAGGCAUUUUCCCAACCAACAGGCUAACCAAUCCGAGACUGAACCUACCGUCACGGAGAAACUAGACUCCGUAAUCAAGACUGCCAUCACUCCGCUGAACCAAAGGCUCUCCUCCAUGGAGAUCGAGCCCCGGGCGGAAACCUCCAUGAAGAGCGUUCGCCUGGAGGCGCCCACCUCACCGAAGCACGGAGCCCACCCCGAGCCGAACCUCAUGUCGACCUGGCCCCGAUGUUACCAGUCCUGGUUCCCGAUCAACGACGUGGCCAGCGCCCAUCCGUGGAGCAUAACGCCUCAGUGGAACCAGGCCCACGUCCACUACGAAACGGCCAGGCAUAACCAAGCCUUUGAUCUCAGUAUGCGGAGCAAGCUAGAGGAGCAGGAUAAACCCUUGGAUCUCACCGUCAAAUGACCGGACCCGUGAUAUAAUUUUUUUUUUUGUCGGCCAUUACCUUGUUUGUCUGUCUUUUCUUUGAGAAUACCGUCCGGUCCACGAUUUGAUAAGCGUGAAAGUGACCGGUAGCCCAUUUAUUUUUUUCUUUUUAGAGAUGUAAAAAGUUGGUUUUAAGGCGGCUACCAUUUUUGACCUGCACGUCUUAUUGUCAUGGCACUGGUUCGUGUAAAUUGCUGGGAUGUCCCAAAUCGUUAUUAAUAAGUUUGACAGUCUCUCUGUGGAAUUGCGUCCUACGUCUUGAUUCGUUAGACGUGAGAAUAACCACUGAGACACUCUCUGGUAGGAAACUGCUGGAAAAUAUAUUUAGGCACAAGGGCAUUAUGCUUCUUCUGAACUUUCAACUUUUUUUUUUCUUUUCACUGGUCGUAGGACGAAUUUUUUUAAGAAAAAUUGCAAUCAUGCUCGGAACCAAGCUGUGUUAAAAUACUAAUGUUCUCGUUGAGAAGGACGUUUCAAAACUCCCACAUAGCUGUUAUUCAGCGUACUAGGUAUGUUUUUUUCUUCUUUUUUUUCAUCAUGAAAAACCUAAGGUUAGUCAGCGCAUUUGUGUUUUCCAUUAAUCAUUUUUUCACCAGUGAAUAUCCAUCUGUAAUUACGUCUUAUGUUAUAUCCGUAUUUUAAAUGAAAUGUCCGGUGAUUAAACUAUUAAUGUUUAGAAACUUCUGUUUUCAAAUUUGGCGAGUACAAAUGGGUAUAUUCAAGCUAAAGGGAACCAAGUGACACUGUGUAUGAACCAAGUGACACCAAUAAUAUUAAAAAAAAAAAAAAA